GAAGCCGCCGUGGGGAUGCGGGCGGCGCUGCGCAGGGCUGGCGCUGGGUCGUGGCUGCCGCGCGCCUCGCAGCCCGCCCCGCGGCCGCGCUGCGGCGGGACCGGCCCGGCCCCGGCCCCGGCCCCGCGGUGCUGGAGCUGCGGCAGCGCCCUCCCCGGUGCCGAGGGGCCGCCGCUCUUCUGCCCCGGGUGCCGCGCCCUGCAGCCGCCGGGCCCGCGGCCCGACCUCUUCCGCCUGAUGGCUUGUGACCGCUCCUUCCGCGUCGACGCGCAGCAGCUGCAGCGGCGGUUCCGGAGCCUGCAGCGCGCCGUUCACCCCGACCGCUUCGGCCAGAGGCCGCCGGAGGAGCAGUACUACUCUGAGCAACACUCGUCCUUGAUUAACAAGGCCUAUCAAACCCUCCUGAACCCUCUGAGCCGCGGCAUCUAUCUGCUGGAGCUGCAUGGAAUGGAGCCAGCACAGGAGACAGACUGUGAUGCAGACUCUGUGUUUCUCAUGGAAAUCAUGGAAAUUAAUGAGAAAUUAGCAGAGUCUAAAAGUGACGGUAUCCUUGAAGAAAUUGACACUUUGAUUAAAGUUAAACAAGAAGAACUGACCAGAGAGGUGGCUGCAGCUUUUGAAAGAGAUGACCUUCAGGAAGCAAAGAAGCUUUUAGCCAAAAUGAAGUAUUUUGCAAACUUAAAGGAUAAACUAAAGAACAAGAAGAUCCCUUCCUGAUGCUGCCUCCUUUACUGUUAAUGUUAUUUUUCAAUUAAACAGCUAAUAUAGUUACCAAGUGAGAAAAA